AUGCAAUUCUCAACUGUCACUCUCCUCAUGGCCAGCCUCAUGGCAACCGGCUUGAUGGCUUCUCCUACCGCUGGACCCGAUGAGACCAGCGUCUAUGAGCUGAAGUCCGAGAAGCGCGAAGGUGGUUCCAUCGUCCAAUACGGAGAAGUCAAGAGGUCCCUAGCUCCGCGAAAGGACUGCGGAGGAUGGUUUCAGCCACCCUGCCCUCCUAAAACCUGCCACGAAACCGCCCUAGACAAGCCCGAAUGUGACGGCAAGAAAAACGGCGGUACCAACUCGGUCUGCUCUGAGCUUAUCAAUGACCUCUACGGAAACAAAGAUACAGAACUGGUCAAAGGGGCCCAACAGAUCUGCUGGAAGAAUGAUGCGACCGGAAAGACUGGAUGCUGCAUAAAGUGGACAAAGGCGGUGCCCGGCCUCAAGAAGAACGAUUUGAUUGAGCGAGGGGAUAAGAUCAAGUCGACGUGCGACACCAACGGCAUCUCAGGCAAGUACAACACGGUCAACCUCAAGGGCGUUUGCUUGUCCUACUGCAUGUCGAUCGGUGCUGGUUGCAAGGACGAGUCUGACUUCUCCUGA